GGCGAGCUUGAAUCCCGAAGGCAGUCGAGGCGAUGCUGUUAUUGGAGUACUUGAAGAUUGAUAUAUGGGGCUGUCGACCAUUCACGUGGGAGCGGAAGGAUGGCACGAUUGGUGUUAGCGUAAGUGGGGAUGCUGCUUCGGAAAUUGCUAUGGGUGAUCAUUAUGAGCCUGCGCUGUGUGCAUGUGCGUCUUCGGGCUGAAUGUUACAAUCUCGUGCUCUUAUCUUAGUUACUGUAUCUGGCCCCGAAAGCCUCGUUACAGCCAUUUCUGUUAUAUUGGUAAUGACAUGCAGCCAUGCCCGGUGUAAAU